GUGCACGUUUCAAUACUCGUACCGAAUUAUCGAGCGAUUCUUUGUUUAAUAUUAUUUUGAAUCCGUGUUGGAACAAAUAAUUGUAUUACAAAAUUUAUAGAAAGCAUAAUUAAAAAUAUUUUCGAGAUGAAAAAAUUUCUUCUGCUGUGCCAAGUAGGGUGGCUGACCGCACUUCUCUACCAUGAGAAGUCACAAAAAGAGUUUGGUAAGGAAAUAAUUGCCAACAAAAGUUACUUUGGCUACAGUGUCACAUUUACAGCAGAUAACAACAGAUUGAUAGUGAGCGCCCCAAAAGGAAAUGACGUGGGAGCAUUGUUUACGUGUGACAUCUACUCCAAACACUGCUCUGAAAUCCCUACACAAAUUGAUGCACCAAGGAACUUCCAUAUUUGGUUGGGAGCAACCGUGAGAGCAGGAUCAAAUUUUUUUGCGACAUGCGCACCUCGGUAUUUAGAAAGAAAGUCGAAGAAUGGAAUCUACAGUCGAUGUUAUAAAUACUAUACAAAAAAAUAUAAUGGACUAAUGAAAUUGAAAGAUAAAGAGAUGUCAGAUAUCAUGAAGUUCGAACACAAAAUGCUGACCUCCGGGUGGAGUAUGGACGUUGACGACAACGAUGAUGUUCUGGUUGGUGGACCAGCAAUGUUUACGGGUCGAGCUACAAAAUAUGAAUUCAAAAGAGGAGAGGUUGCAAAAUUUCCUCCAAUUUUGAUAAAUAAUGGAGGAGUGAAGUCAAAUUUUGGUUACAGUGUAAUGCACAGAAUAUACAAAAAACAAAAGGAACUCAUGAUAUCUUCUACUUACGGCGAACAUGGAUUUGGAAUGGUAUUUCUGUACAACGAUGCAAAUGGUGCUAUAAUUAAUAAAAUCAACGGUAAACAAGUGGGUUCUAUGUUCGGAGCUUCUCUGUGUGCCGCAACUGUGGACUCUUCUGGUCAGUCAGUCAUUUUGGUGGGAUCCCCGACUUAUGCCGCUGAAAACAUGUUUAACACUGGAGCUGUUUUCAUUUAUAAAGGCCAUGAUACUAAUGUCUACAGAGAAGUUUUGGGUAAAAGCAACAAUGGCCAAUUUGGAUAUGCAUUAGCUAAUGUGGGAGAUCUUAACGGAGACAAGAAAGACGAAAUAGCAAUAUCCGCCCCUUACGAAGAAGAUGGUCGUGGGGCAGUAUACAUUUACUCGGGGGCACAUCUAAUGGACCGGGACAAGCAAGCCCCUUGGUUGCAGAGAAUACAAAAAGAGGAAUACCGCGCUUUUGGGCUCAGCCUUUACGCUGUCCCUGAUUAUGACAAGAAUGGAUGUAAAGAACUGGCCAUCGGCGUCCCUCAUAGCAACACCACCAUUUUACUGAAUUGCUUGGCAACCAUUACGGUGACCGUGAAAGAAUUGAGAGCUAAAGGGAAAUCAACUGAUACACCCGCUGGCUUCGGGUCUUUUGUAUUCGAAUCGUGUUUAGAAUUUCAAUAUCCUGAUCUUCCAAAGAUCAUACAAGCGAAUUUCUCUGUCCAAGUGGAUAUAUCAAACUUAAACAUUAGAAUUUCUGAACGCUAUGCAAAGGACACAAUUACUUAUUACACGCAUGUAACGCCUGAAAAAAGGCAGGAAUAUUGCCAGAAUCUGACAGUUUCUGUUUCUAUAGACAAAUCGUACGACCCGACAAUUUACUACCAAAUAUCGGCCAUUCUCCUUGACGACCCCAGAGAUAUGGAGUCUUUUUCUCCAACAAGAGUGACGACGAGUGACCUGAGUGCACUCUCCCUACCAGGAAGUGCAUGGAUAGGAGAAUGUGUGAGCGGGAAGAGAUGCGUCCCCAAACUGGAAAUGUUCGUGAAUCUUUCGGUGUCAGAUAAAGUACCAUACAUGGUCGGUUCGACCGACGAGGAAAUCUUACAAAUAUCCGUCAAAAACCGAGGAGACCCGGCGUACAGCGCAUGUAUUACUAUACAUCUCCGUGACGUCACUCUCCUCAAUUGGCCGGUGUCUUGUAUGCUUCCCACUUCUGAUAGCGAUGUAACUUUAAUCUGUAACCCUAAUAGACUGUUGAGGAAUAAUACAUCCUGGAACAUCAAUGCCAUCAAACUAGACACGAAAUCAAUCAUCAGUAAGGCAGAAGAUGGUGACAAAAGUUUCGGCGUUGCUGUCCGUUUAUAUAAAGACUGCAGCGGACGCGAUAGGCAAAUAUGGCGUAAAAACAUCUUAAUGCAUAGAAACAGCGAACGUGUAAGCCUGAUGGGUUUAAUAAAACAUGGCGGAGUUAUUAAUAUAACAAGAAAUGAAAUAGAGACGUCUUCGAAACAAAUCCAGCAUGAGUAUGUUAUUUACAACAAUGGACCCACAACUUGGCACAAUAUUAAAUUUAAUAUAUCACUUCAAAAGGAGUUUUUUCUUGAUGGAAUAUCCACUAUAUCUGAGCUCGGUUACGAGUGCCCAUCGUACGAAGAAACAGAUAAAGAAUACAUUAACCAUUGCGAAAUAAUUGCUCUGAAAAAGAAUCAGAAAUUUGAAAUCGUCCUACCCAUUGAUAUCAUGUCAAAUGUUUUUGAAACGUUGAAAAAGAAAGAAUUAAACGUGACAUCACACUUGAAAUUCAUGCUUGGUGCAGAUGAAAAAUCUGGCAGUGUCACCACUACGUUGUGUUUCUACGAGAUCCAAGUACCAACUUGGAUACUGAUCGUUGCCGUUCUUUUCGGACUUCUUAUCAUUGUGAUCUUAGCCUUCGCUUUGUACGAGUGCGGAUUUCUCAGAAGAAAAAAGAAAGAGGACUUGAGAGAACUGAGAAAGAGUAUAAAGAGACAAAGUAUGCGACAAUCUAGGACUAUAGAACACAAUGACAGAGAUAAAUCAGAUCAAGAGAAGUUAGUUCAAAUAUCAGAAGAAAAUAAUACUGAUGAUGACGGCCCAAGUACAUCUUUAAAAGCUGAAGCACAUGAAAAUAUUGAGGAUAAAAAUGAAGCAGAUAACGAUAUAACAGUAAUAAGUUGUAAAAAACAUCUCGAUUGUGGUGGUGAUACAAAAAAAAAAGAUAUGGUUGAGUCAAAAACUGACCCUUUUGUAAAAACUGAUAAUUCAAAAGGAAGAAAAAAUGAUCCUCUUGCUGGUAUAAUAAUUGGUGGGCUACAAAAGAACUUGCGCCGAAGAGAAAUUUUGCCGGGCGUACAAGAUGAUCUGUUAGUUGAUUAA